GUUGCAGAGGAUCUGUUUACCGGGCACUAGGGCUCAUGGUGGCUGCGUCGCCAUGUGCAUUGGCUGUUGCUCCUUUGGCAUAUGCUACUGCGAUCAGUUCCUGUGCGAGUAAGGGAAUAUUGUUGAAGGGUGGGCAUGUAUUGGAUGCUCUGGCAUCCUGUCACACUAUUGCAUUUGAUAAAACUGGUACAUUGACAACUGGGGAGCUUAUGUGCAAAGCCAUAGAGCCAAUCCAUGGACAUUGGGCAGGAAUUGAUAAAUCAAAGGUUGCUUCCUGUUGUAUCCCUAAUUGUGAAAAAGAAGCGCUUGCUGUUGCUGCUGCCAUGGAGAAAGGGACUACUCAUCCCAUUGGAAGAGCUGUUGUAGACCACAGUGUGGGGAAAGACCUCCCUUCUGUUUCUGUGGAGAGUUUCGAGUCUUUACCUGGUAGAGGUCUUUUUGCAACAUUGACGGGCCUUGAGUCAGGAAUUGAAGGGAAUCAGCUCUUGAAAGCUUCACUUGGUUCUGUAGAGUACAUUGCGUCGCGAUGUAAAUCUGCAGAUGAGUCAAGAAAGAUCAAGGAAGCUGUGGGCACAUCUGCUUAUGGAAAUAACUUUGUGCAUGCUGCUCUAUCUGUUAAUGAAAAGGUAACCCUAUUUCACUUUGAGGAUAAGCCCCGACCGGGUGUUGCAGAUGUUGCAACUGAAUUACGAGAUCAAGCGAAGUUCCGUGUAAUGAUGCUAACAGGUGACCACGAGUCGAGUGCAAGGAGAGUUGCAAAAGCUGUUGGCAUCAGUGAAGCCUACAGCAGCUUGAAGCCUGAGGAUAAACUCAAUCAAGUGAAAACUAUCUCAAGAGAUAUGGGGGGAGGUUUGAUAAUGGUUGGUGAUGGUAUUAAUGAUGCACCAGCACUUGCUGCUGCUACUGUGGGCAUUGUACUUGCCCAACGUGCUAGUGCAACUGCUAUAGCUGUUGCAGAUGUGCUGUUGUUGCAGGACAACAUUUCUGGUGUGCCAUUCUGUAUUGCUAAAGCCCGUCAAACAACUUCUUUGGUCAAACAAAGCGUGGCACUUGCUCUAUCUUGCAUUGUUUUCGCCUCUCUUCCGUCGGUUUUGGGCUUUCUACCACUAUGGUUGACGGUUCUUUUGCAUGAAGGAGGCACUCUUCUUGUUUGCCUGAACUCAAUUCGUGCACUGAAUGACCCCACGUGGUGCUGGAAGCAGGACUUCCAACCUCUGUUAGAUGGAGUAAAAUCCUUUAUCACAAUGCUCUUGAAAAGGCUUCCAACCUCAAGCACCAUCCAGUCUGCACCCUUAUAACUGUACUCUCAUGAUUGUAACUGUCAGGUGAUCUAUUUAUGAGCAAGUAGCAUCGAUUGUUUAGUCUAUAGUGUAGGUAAGAAGGAAAAAGAUUGAUUUUAUCAAAUAAAGUUUUCUGGCUAAUGUAUCUAUACAAUUUUCGUGACUUACAAUGAGAAAUAUUUUCUUGUGAGUUUUGGUCUAUUUGUAAGGUUACAACAACUCAAGUCUGUUUGUAUGGUUCUGCCAAUAAAUUUUUAUCCAAGAUCUA